AUGGCCGCGGAGCACCAAGCCGAGGCCUCGGAGGCGAUCUCCCAACAGGCCCAGGCCUGGCUGGCGGCCUUUGUGCAGAACUAUCCGUGCUCCCAUUGUGCCACUCACUUCCUGGACAUCUGCGAGGCGAUGCCGCCGCAGACCAAGUCUCGCGAAGACUACGCGGUCUGGUGGUGUCAGGCGCACAACAAAGUCAAUGAAGCUCUCAUGAACCAGCCCACAGCUCAGUUUCAUGCCUUCAAAGCCUUCUUUGCCUGGCUAUCGCCCCUACUUUUGCGGGAGCUGAGGACCAUCCCCUGCGAUCCAAAGCAGCUUAUCGCUGCGGGGCUUGGCGCUGAGAGUGACGCAAGAAAGCGACUCAGCGACUGCCGACUGCUCCGACUGCUCCGACUGCUCUUCAGCUCCAGGCAGCUGGGCCUGACUCUCGAUGAGUUUGGGGCCUUGUCAGCCGCAGAGUGA